AUGGGCCGUGAGCAUGUCCGUCUGAAGAGCUGCCACUCGGACAACAUCCUGAGCAGCACAGCGGCGCCACAGGGGACGGUCCUAUCACCCUUCCUCUUCACCCUCUACAUGUCUGACUUCAGAGGGGCUGACGUGGAGGUAGUUGAGGACUACCGGUACCUGAGGGUACACAAUGACUGUAAACUGGACUGGUCCAAGAACACCAAUAACCCUGCUGAAUGUAACCUGGUGAUUCUUGGUGUGAUGGGCUGCGGGAAGUCAGCACUGACAGUCAAAUUUCUCACAAAGCGCUUCAUCACUGAAUAUGACCCUAACCUAGGUAAGAAAACAAACAGCAGUGAAGGUCCAGUGAACAGUGAACGCUAUCUGUCAUGGGCAAACGUCUUCCUGGUGGUCUACAGCAUUGAUAACAUGGAGAGCUUUAAUGGCUGUCAGCUGUACCUGCAGACACUCGCCUCACACAACAAAACCUUCAGGCCACAAACUCCCAUCAUACUCCUGGGCAACAAGAAGGACAUGGACAGAUACAGACAGGUGCGUCAGUCGGAUGGUGAGGCCUUGGCGUCUCAUUUUGGAUGUGUAUUCUUCGAGGUGUCGGCCUGUCAAGACUUCCACUCUGUACAGCACGUCUUCCACGAGGCAGUGAGGAGGGCGAGGAAAGGUGGUGCCUGUGGCUGCUUGGUCCCCGCCAUCUAUGCCAGCGAGGACAAAGCACUUCUGGGUGUCCCAUCCUUUACUACACCAUGUUACAAGGAGCUGCCGGUGCCUGCCAACGCGAAGCUGAUCACAGUGAAGACAUCCAGAGCUCAGAGCAAACGGAGAGCUUCCACUCUCACCUUACUCAAAGGGUUUAAGAUAUUCUGACACAUUCUACUGCAUGUCCUGUGAUGCUGUACGAGACUUGUAGGUCCUUAUGUAGACAGGAUUCUGAAGCAGCAAGAGCAGCUCCACCCUACAGACAUUUGGCAGGUUCAAUGAA